CACUCCAAAACGAGUUCGCAUUUUUACUUUGAGUCGAUUCGCCUCAAUUUUUGUUAAUUGUGCAAAAAACCAAAACACUUUUUAAAUCAAAAUGUCGAAAGCACAUCCGCCAGAGCUGAAAAAGUACAUGGACAAACGCAUGAUGCUCAAGCUGAAUGGCGGCCGAGCAGUCACCGGCAUCUUGCGCGGCUUCGAUCCAUUCAUGAACGUGGUGCUCGACGAUACCGUGGAGGAGUGCAAGGAUAAUACCAAGAAUAGUAUUGGCAUGGUGGUGAUACGCGGCAACAGCAUUGUCAUGGUCGAGGCGUUAGAUAGAGUCUGAUAUAGAACGUGGGUCGUACCUCAGCAUUGUCCGCCGGUUAAUGAGUUAAAUGUGAACUAUUUAACAAACAAACUAGUCUUAAGGCUCUGACAAAUCAUUCAUGGACCUACCCUCAUGUUCAUCAAUUUUAAAUACAUUCUUCGUAAACAACAAA